GUUACCGCUCAGGAAUGCGGCUCGUCAAUAACUGUUAGCUUUUGUUUCACAUCAGCUGGAGGCUGUCGGCGGCUGAUAGACGUGUCCUGCGGCUGAACUCGACUUCGUCUCCAGGUGCCGAAACCAGCAGUAUGGCCACAGCGCAGUCAGCGUUGCUGCUAGCGGUGCACAUCCUGCUCAUCUCUGAGUUCAUCCUGGCCAAGAGGGACUACUACGACUUACUGGGGGUCCCCAGAGAUGCCACCGACCGCAUGAUCAAGAAAGCCUUCCACAAGCUGGCCCUCAAGUACCACCCGGACAGGAACAAGGGCUCAGACGCCGAGGCUAAGUUCAGGGAGAUAGCUGAGGCAUACGAGACGCUAUCAGACGAUAAGAGGAGGCGGGAGUACGACCAGUUUGGCCACGGCCCGUCACCAGGGGAGGGCCACAGAGCAGGAGGAGGAGGAGGAGGAGGAGGGGACUACAACUUCCACCAGCACUACCAGUCCUUCAACUUUGAUGACAUUUUCAAAGACUUUGACACUUUUGGACAGCAACACCACCACUUUCACUCCCACUCCCACUCCCACUCCCAGGCCCACCAAAAGAGACACUUUGACAGCCACUUCCAGGCCCAUCGGGACACUAUGAACAGACAGAGGAGACAGUUCCAGCAGGGGGGCUUCGGCGGCGGACUCUUUGACGACAUGUUUGAGGACUUGGAAAAGAUGUUCUCCUUUAACACGCACGGCUCCAGGACUGACGGCAGAUUCCACGGCUCGGGGAAGCAGCACUGCAGGACAGUGACCCAGCGGAGGGGCAACAUGGUGACCACCUUCACCGACUGCUCCUGAGACACCGCUGGCUGUUUAGUUGUGGUUUUGGACUUUGAUGCUAAUUUAUCACCUGGUGGAAUAGAGAAUGGUUUCGUGUGGCUUUUGUAAUUUUUCUGUAUGUAAUUUUCCUCUAGGAACAAAUAUCCAAGCUGGCCUGAUAAAGGGCUGCUUCCAAGCAAUAACUCAUGCAAAAUUAUUGCUCAGAGCAUCGUCCAUCAUUUAGCUUGCCACAUUUAUGUUUACUCAUGAUGGUACAAUCUCGUAGUCUCAGGUGUGGCCGAAUGUUAGAAGAUAAUUUGAGUUAAAAACUUUUUUGUUUUGAGAGCAACAAGGCAAUAAGAUUUAGUCAAACACCACACAACAUUUAUUCUGCAGCUAUUCAGACCAUAAUAUUACUGUGCUCUCUGCAACUUUCGCUAAUGUAAAACCACUUGUGCAUUUCCUCUCUUGGUUUUUAUUCAUUAGCUUAAAGCAAAAAUUAGUUUCUCGAUUCAAAGCACUUGGAGCUUUGAGAUGUGCGCAUGUCGGCCAUUAUCAACUGUUACCUCGUUUUAGUUUCUUCCUACAGAGUCAUAUCUACCUUCACUCAGUCAGCGCAGGAAGUCAACAUCAGCCCCAUGACAAAUGCUGGUAGCCACAGGCGAAGUUUGUGUAAUCUCUCAGCUGUUUUGUAACCAGUUGUUAUGACGAUUCAAAACAAAGAGAACCUGCGGCCAUCUGCCAGUGAAGCUGAGCGGGCUGACGAGUUUCCUCAACUGAUCGUAAUGUGCAAUAUUUAGCACCUUUGCUCUUCAUGUUGCCUAUCUGUCACAGACGGUGCUGUGUUCAUGUCAUUGUCUUAUGUCUGCACUUUGUGUGUGUGUGCGUGAGUGUGUGAGUGUGUGCGCGCACCGAGCGUGGCCUGAAUGUAGAUUGGUUGCAUAAUGUUUGGAGAAUGAAUAAAAGUUUCAAAAGCAAA